CGCUGCUACGCAGUCAUGUCUUCUGUCUUAGCCCACAAGGCCAUAGUCUCCCCUGCCCGCGGCGGCAGAACACGGCCGGCGAUGGAGCACGGGACGUCAUUGGCGGCGGCGCUCUGGGGGCACGAGCACCUCCCGCUGCUGGCCCGCGCGCGCUCCAAGGACUCGGUAGAGUACAUCCUGCAGGCCCUUUGGCGCACCCGCCGCACCGGCCUCGACGCCGCCGACCGCGCCAUCGUCCGCGACAUCCUCCAGCUCCCCUCCGACUCCGAGCUCGACCCCCUCUUGGUGUGCCUCCGGAUAUUGACCCGCAGGUGCGUCCAUGACAACAUCGCGAAGGAGGAGAUUCCGAAGCUUUUCCCUGCAGAGGUGUUGCCCGAGCUGCAAAGGCUGCUCACUUUGCUCCUGCAGAAGUUUCAGCCGGAGUGGCGAGAGGACACCUUAAAGGAUCAGGCAUCCGCGGCGAAUUCGGGAACAACAGAAGGCCAUUUGAGUAAAAAUCAAGACGCGUUAGAGCAACCAGCUACUGCACAGAUUCACUGUGGUGCAUCAUCAACAAAGGUGUCGUCUGAAUCAGGAGAGAAAGAAGGGAAGCUACAGUUAGCUAAGGAUUCCUUAGACAAAAUGCUCAACGAUGUAUACCCAGUCAGGGGCAAAGUGUCAAAUGCUGGCAAUACCAACGGGGGUCAUGGAGAAGCAGCAAGAAGCACUUAGGAAAGGAUGAUUGUGCUGCUUCUUUUUUAGCUCCGAGGGCAUUUUUUAAAUCAUUGGUAGAUAACAUCUUUGCAACUAGAAUUAUUGUGUUCUUUAUCAGACAGAACGCAACUUCUGCCAUGUUCUUCGGUCUU